GUGAGGAGGAUGAUAUUGUUCCUGCAUUGAUUUAAAAACUCAUAGUUUCAUUCAGUAAUAACGCCUAUUGGUAAUGGCUUUCAAUAAUGAUAACUGUUUUUAAAAUUAUUCAGAUGAAAACACUCAUAGUUUCAUUCAGUAAUAACGCCUAUUGGUAAUGGCUUUCAAUAAUGAUAACUGUUUUUAAAAUUAUUCAGAUGAAUGAAUGUUUAAUUUUACAUAUAUCUUGACACUUUUUAAUAACAAACAAAAGAUGGCCAAUGCGUCUCACAGGCAGAAAAAUGUGUUGAAAAGAGAAUGCACAAGGAGAAGCUAGAGACAAAAACUUUUCCAGUAUCAUGGCAAGGUACACAUUUUUUCUUACAAAUAAAUCAUUUUGAAGGGUGUAUUUGUUAUACCUGGCAUGUUUCUGUUUUUGAUGAACUUUUAGAGUAAUGUGGAGUAUGUGUUAUAAACACCUAAUAAAAAGAGUAGCAAUAGCUGGGUGAGGUUUAUGAAUGUGACCAAAUGGCGAAAUCAGUAGAAACAAACAACUACUUCAUAAUGACAUACAUUCAUAUAACCUUCCCCCAACCUAAUUGAGUUCAAGAAUCAUUAGCUGUGACCCAUAACCCUAUUAUAGUAAUUGUGCACAUAACAUUUCUUGGACUAGACUUUAAUUGGCUACAUCUUAUCUCGAUGCAAGGAUUGAGAUGGCUACAAGCCACUUUGAUAUGAAAAGUUGUUUCCCUUGGCUUUGUAUCAAAAUCUUUAAAUUCUGCAUGGAUAUUAUCUCAAUUCAAGGAGUAGCAUUGGAUACAUAGUGUGCAUAAGCAUUUCUAAUUUCUUUGAUACAACUAGAGCUUCAGCUUCCCAGCGAGUUACCUCUGGGGCAUAAGCGUUGCUAAUUUCCUUGACCUUGGAAAAUAAGGCAGGGAGUAUCUCUAUUGUGAAACAAAGAGAAUGGAGCAAAAUUGAUUUUACUUGGUGGUGGCUAGGUCAGUAUUCCAAGCCAAAACCCCACCUCCUUCACCGUUACAUCUAAAAAUAUCUCCAGUAUGGCGGUGUGAAUCUUCAACGAGGUCAGACCCAUUUUAUAAUGCAUAAUGUGUUUUUCUAGCCUACAUCUUAUCCUCACACUCAUAUAUAAGGUGUACAGCACGUUUAUGCAUUUUUUUUCUCAUCUAUUAUUUACUUUUUUAGGUCAUACCAAGUACUCCAAAAUAUUUACUUUUGGUAACUUGAUAUUUUUUGAAUCAUACUAUUUUAUAAGGCAUAAGGAGUAUAAUUUUAAAGCUCUUCGUAUAAACACUCAUUUAUAACCCUAUUUUAGAUUUGACAAAAAGUGGUUGGCUUUUUUGUACUUUUGCUUUUCUAAUUUAAUCGAAAAAAUCAAAAGUUUUUAAAACAGUUUCCACACUUUUCUGUUUUGUAGCGUUGUCAUCACGUUUUCAAAUGGGUUAUAUGGUUUGCGGGUUAACAUGGAAAAUCAAUGUGUCUACCAUUCAUAAUCCUUUGCUAAUGCAGAUCCCACUUACUUAUGUUAGGGCUGUUAUUUAGACUAAUAGAGCAACUGUUACUUCCGUCCGGCGUGUGGGCUAGAAAGGAACUACUUCUCAAGUCUUGACUGCACAUCACUUGAAAAGGUGAAUGAUGCUGUUAAGCACUAUUGUAGCUGAAAAAUGGAGCAACCAGCUAACCUAUUAGUUGGUGCUGUUUUAUAUGUUUACUCCUGGAUAGCUUCAACUUGCUAGAGUUGAGUGCCGAGAAGUUUGAACCAGAUUGAGGAUGGAUGCCUAUGGAUGGAAAUCUUUUUUAUGGCUAUUCUACACAGCUAGCGCAUCCAGUUUACCAACACUAUUUUUUGCAUCCUAAUUAUAUUUUGAUAACGGAUAUAUUUAACCAUUUUUGGUUUAUAUUGUAUUUAUGAACAGUUUUUAAACUUGCUCAUGUACUCGAUCGAGUGAUAUUCCAAACACCUUGCAUGUUCUAUUAUGCGUAAUCCAUUAUUUUAUACACUUUUAUCUCAUCUUUCAAUAUAGAGUACAAAAAAAAAAUCUUCAAAUAAAAGAAUUUACGGGGUGAGGAUGGCCAUAUGAGAGAAUGAAAUGAGGGAAGCUGGUGGCGGCUAUGAUUUUUUCGUUGAAGGAAAUCCCAUUUCUAGUGUUUGCAACCCCCUGCAGAGAGCUUCGGAAACCUACUCGAAACCUAGGAUGUCGAGGCGGGGAAUGGCGGCCACCAAGCUAACAAGCCGCUUGAUCUUCACAUCCAAAGUGAGGCUAGAGAUCGACGAGAUCUAUCACCAUCACACUCUACCGCCAUCACACUUUGCACCAUUAUCGACACCACCAUCACACUAUGCACAGUCUCCGUCGCAGUGCCACAUUGACAACAAUGAAGGUAUAAUUCCAAACAUGGCCACAUAUAAUGUCACAUAUGGCAAUACAUAAUGCCACAUAUUACCAUACAAUGUCACAUAUGGUAAUGCACGAUGCCACAGAUUAUCAUAUAUAAUGUCACUGUUGCAAAUUCAAAAUGUCAAAUAAAUGAACACCAUCUCAGAGACUCCAGGUUUGUGUAUACCU